UAAGAUAACUUGACAGAUGAGACAUUUUUUGAGUUCGAGAUUUUGUUGUUUCUUAUAAAAAUGAGAAUUUGUUUAUUUUGAUUGUGUUCUGUGAAAAUUCACCCAAUCUGAAUUGGAUGCGAAUGCGAAGCGAAAUUAUUGGAAACACAUCGAUGUGUAAAAGUCGUCAAUAGAAGGUGAUUAUUUUGUUGCAUGAAUAUGUAAUACAGAUCAACAGUUUCAUUGAUGUAUAAGAAAGCAUCGAUACCACCGAAAGAACAAUAAUCCAUAAUGGAUGACGAGGACGCUGCUGUUGAAAAACAGAAGCUAGUAGCUGAUGAUGAAGCUGAUAAUGAACCGGACGAUGAACAAAACAUUUCUUCCAAUGCACCGAAAACAAUACAAACACCGAUCUCGCCUGUACUGAGCAACAAGAUAUUUUCAAGCGGAGAGACAAGCAAAACACAAGACUCGAGUAAUUGCUCAGUAGGAAAAGGAACAUCGGAUUCGGGUCCACAGUCAACAAGACUGAUUUAUCUUAAUGAACGGAAACAGGAGAAAACGGAAUUUAAGCCGAAGCCAAAAAAGAUGCAAAGAGACGUAGAAUGUACACUGCCAAAUUCAAGUUCAAAUCUGAGUUUCGAAGCUCGAUCACUUAAACAUCAUUCAUUUCUGUCAGAAGUACCGGAUGUACGGCACAUGGAACGAGCAUUGUUAGGAUUGCUCGAUGAUUUUCAUUCGGGUAAAUUGAAGGCGUUCGGAUCCGGAUGCACCAUGGAACACAUGACGGAUAUUCGGGAACAGCAAGAGAAUUUAGCGAAAUUACACUUUGAUCUCGGCGCAUGUGGUGAUGAUCCAUUGAACAGUAACAACAACAUGCUGCAGUUAGUUCAAAAAUUGGAAAAGCUUUCGGUUUCGAUAGAAAAAUUACAUUCCACUAAUUCGGGUGGUUCGGGUGUGUAAUUCGUUCGUUGUGGUUAGACUGUGCCAGAAUGAAAUUUUCUAAAUAAAUUGGAAUGGGUUUUAAUCGUUUUAAUACAAACGUACGAUACACGUAAUAGUCUCGGUAAAUAGUAUGACAGCAUCGAAUUGAUGGGUUAGAUAUUUUUUAUUUUAAUUCUAGGAAAAAUUUUAUUACUUUGUACCGCAGAGAUAAAGAAAAUCAUUGAAUAAAAGUUACGGUGGAACAUUUUAUGAUUUGUUAA